AUGAAUAUGAAUUCGCAAUAUUCACACAAGUCUCCUACUUUAUCACAGGACAAGACAUUUCCCAAUUCAAACGAAUAUCUUUAUCCGGCCUCAUCAUAUCCCUCUCCCUCUCGGCGCCAAGACUCAUCAGAUCCAGCUUUUGCCAGCCAUCAAUAUCUAAGUCCGAAGAGGUUUUAUGUUGAUGUUAACAGCAGGCCUGUAAAUGUGUUCAGCAAAGACCCGUUACAAGAUGCGAUAGAUGCUACCUACUUUAGGUACCCACUUGCACCUAAUCAUACCUCGAUUGAAGCAUGGAUUCACAACACCAUCCUUGCGCAAUUUCCCGACUCGCCGCCAUCCACCAAGACCCUACCCCUGUGUGAAGGCGACAUCAAACCAAGUCUUCACAACAAGCAGCAGCAGCAGCAGCCACUUCUCUCAACCUUCGUACCGCCUCCGUCACCUUCUCUCCAAGCUCACCAGAAUGCUUGUCAACCUUUAACCAAUAUUUCUCCAAACCCUCAAAGGCGGAAACAGCCUGUGCAUCAGACGGUUGAAGACGUUCUGCCUUUUACCGAAGACCUUCACCGUGGUUGGAAGCCAACAGGAUCCCAACUUUCCCCUCUCCCAACGCUCACCACCAUCACAUCCACAACGGUCCCGUCAUUGAUCAAGCCUCCCUCCCAGCGCCUGACACUUGCACCUCUGUCUCGCCUGACGAGAUCGACUGCAGCCAAGAGACGGAGUACUACAGACGAAAAAGUGACAAGGUCCACGGCGCCCAACAAUCAGUCGCUACCUACAUCGCUUCAGCCUAUCACGCUUCAGCCCAGAAUCGCAAAAUCAACAAAAGUCGAGAGGUGGACCACAAUGAAUCCUAGAAGAGGGCCUUCAAGGGGGGCUAAGAAGGAUAGCAAGAAGGCGGCUGAACCAAGUACCAUCUACAACCAAGACGAAGAAGACGUUCUCCAAGGCCAGAGAAAUCGACGUCGGCCUCGAAAACAGGGAAGUGCAGAUUUACAGGGUCUAGAAUCACCAAAUUCCCCGCCAACUGGCCAAUGGCCACUGUCUGGUUUGCCUGAGCGCGCAAUUGGUGCCUCUGUACAAGAACAUCACCCGUCACCGUCUCAGCGUGGAAGUCCUGGGCAGAGAAACGACAACUUCAGUCAUCAACGUAGGUCGGGACAGGACAAACCCGACAUGAUCUUUAGUGCUUGGUCUCCCCGAUCGAAUCGACACUCCCCAUCCAACCCACCCGGCAAAUUUACCGCACCAACACUAGCUACCCCAGUACGCGCGCGGAAACAGCAGACCACAUUCGUCGAAGCAGGACCAUUCAUACCAGGGGAAGAGUCUGUCUUCAACGGACGUACUCAGAGGCAGCUCUUUCCCAGCCAACAAUCCGCGAAUUCCUCACCCCAGAAGAAACUUACAGCUCCACAGAUAAGGCUCAAUGCAAAUCUGAAAGGGGUUUCACCCUCUCCUGCCCAAAAGAGCCAGUCUUCUCAAGGAAUGAAAUCAUCAACACCAAGCGGGAGGAGCAAGGCUGGUAGCGGAAAGACAUUUACUCAGAAUGCCACGUUGGAUCAGAUUGAUAUGGAAUAUUUAGCAACCUGCGACCCUAGCAUCGAGCUCCAGAGUCCGACACUGGUCAGAAAGCACAUACCACAACUCCCAACAAUGGUUGGCAACUUCCAGAAGAUGUGGGCCGAGAUUCCACGAAAAUUCGUCCCUCAUCAACUCAAGGACUACUAUGAACGUCUGAAGCUUGGGGAUACUCCAGAAACGCCUAAAGUGGAGGACUUCCUAGAAGGCCACUACGCUGAGUUUCACCACAAGCAGCUUGAAACACUAGCAAGGCUAGUGUCUCAAAUUGUCACCAGAGCCCACGAAAAUCAUAAUACAGACACACAUGAGAGGCACUGGGGAGCUUCAACCGUCUCCCCACUUCUGAAUGAGAUCGUCCUUUGGCCGCACCAGAACGAUGACAGAGAGAACGCUUACGAUAUUGAGGCUUAUAAUAUCGAGAAUUGCGCAAUUGAAAUGCAAGCCUACUUUAUUGUUCGCUCCAAUCAGAAUCAUCAGACAAUCACCCCAGUGGAACCGGGAUCCGCUACUGACAGUAUCACAAAGAUGAUCGAUUGGUCAUUAGCCCUUAAACUCAACGAAGUCGAGCAAGCUGACACGAACGAGGCCUUUCGUCAUCUGAUGGAUUACGAACGAGCUCUCAAUCAAACUAUUCGCUGGUAUAAGAACAAACCUGCUUUCGUGGAUUUCGAAAUCAAGUCAGAGACGUCGAGAGUGAAACCAUUGGUCCAGCUUGCAGUAUGGGCAGGGGGUUUGUACUUGAAACGCCGACAUCACAACUGGAGCACCGAUGCGCCGAGUCUUGGAGUCAGCGUUGUGGGCGCCGAAUGGUCUCUUUACGUCACUUUCGAACGCGUACCAGGGAAGCUGAUCAUGAUGGGGCCUUUCAAGCUUGGUUCGACGCAGGACCUACGCGGGGCCUGGGAAAUCGUCUUCAAACUCAAAUUCAUCGCGAACUGGGGCUGGACGACAUUUCGACCGUGGUUUAAGGACAACAUCAUCAACUGGUGCCGGUGGAAGGCCGAAAAGCCGUUGUUGAAUCUACUUUCCGUCCCGGAGCCGGAGCAGGAGCAGAAGCAGGACGCGGCGAAGGAGGCGCUUAUCAAACAGUGGAUGAAUUCCGAGGGCCAACGGUCGAUCCCAGGCAGUCCUGCACAAGAGGGCAUACAAUCGGAAUUUGGCCCUGCUCGCUAA